AUGGCCGGUCGGUCGAGUACGGCCCUCUAUUAUUACUUCGCGCUAAUCCUCCAUCUGGUUCUGCUAACGGAGUGCAAUUACGGUGUGCGUUACGGUGACCAGGCGAGGCGGCUGCACGUUGCGGAGCGCAGCGAUCAGCAAUACAGGAAGCCGCUCGUUAUCGACAAGAGGAGCGCGGAUCCGCGCGAUCAGGAUGACAGCGAUCGGGAAACGUCAUUCGGGCGUACUCGCCGAGACGUACCACUGCCGCAGCAUCCACACAAUAGUCCGAACAUCACGGCAAAGAUCAAUCCUUUAAAUGAUUCGCAUCAGCAAUUGAUGGUACAUUGGGUCGGGGAGGGUUCCAAUGUAAUAAUAUGUCUAGCAAGGGAUAGCACGCCCGUGGUACGCUUCCAAGGAGGCAAAUUCUCUUCCCCGAACCAACCUAGCGCUGUGUACAUCAGUUACGAUUAUGGUGAUACCUUUGAGAAUAAGACUGAAUACUUCAGGGUUUCAUCUGAGGCCGAUGCCCCAUAUGCUGUUGUAGACAAAUUCACCAAUCAUCCUAAGUACUAUCAACACUGCGUCUUUAUGGACAGUCUGAAUAGUUUAAUCUUCAUAACAUAUAAUAACGGUCUAACAAUUCUGAGGAUCUCGUUGUCGUUUCAUCCAAGUGAAGUCUCGUAUUUCGAAUUAGAUCCACGGAUACUUGUCGCACUAGACAAAGCCGAUCCAACGCGGAAGUUGUGGUUGACAAUCGAUCGUGGAUUUACCUGGAUGCCAAUUCAUCAAUCGGUAAAGGCUUUCUUUUGGUCUCCUUAUCGUGAGCUAUUAAUUGAACGCACGGAGUCUGAUGGAGCGAAUACGGUUUUGAAAUUGGAUCUGCGAAAUAUAUCCUCUUAUAUAAGAGGAAACAAUCAUUUACGAGUAAGAAUGUCUAUACGAAAGGAAUUUAUCACCAUCGUUGAAAACGUUGAAGAUUUUCAAAUCAGAGGCGAUUUCAUGUUUGCAGUUAAGAAAAGGAAUGGAACGGAACAUUUAGACCUCUUUGUCUCUUAUAAGAAUCAGACGUUUGUCCAAGCGCAUUUUAACACGGAAUUGAAUUGCAAGGAAUAUCAUAUUGUAGAUGUAUCGUUCAAUCGAGUCUUUAUCGCUGUGAAACACAGUGACACUGUGAUUAAUCUUUACGUGUCAGAAGUUAUAGAUCAUGAGAAAGCUAUAUUUACGUUAUCUCUGGAGAGUAUCCUCACGUUUUUCCCCAACAGCACUUGGAAAGACAGCUGGUUGAAUGAUGUGGCUGAUGAGGCAUUUACGGAUCUCUAUAAGGUCGAAGGUCUUCGAGGCAUAUUCAUAGCAUCGCGGGUCAAAGGUACUCCAAAAUCAAGCUCCAUUGGACCAGAACAUUUGGAAUCAUUAAUUACUUUCGAUCACGGCGCCACUUGGAACAGCAUUAAAGCACCAAUGGCAAAUCACGAAGGCUUCUACAUUCACUGUGGAAAAGACUGCUCAUUACAUUUAAGUCAAAGAUUCAGUCAAUUGUAUCCGGUGACGAGAUCUGUUACUAUUAUGAGCUCAAAAUCAGCGCCCGGAAUAAUAAUGGCCACUGGUGUCAUUGGGUCUAGCUUGAAGGGUCAUCCCGCACUCUAUGUAUCUAAAGAUGCUGGUCUUACGUGGAAACAAGUGUUAAAAGAGUAUUACUUCUUUAACAUGGGCGAUCAUGGAGGUUUAUUGGUGGCAGUUAAGUAUUUUAAAUCGCGCGGAGAGACUAGAGAUAUUUCAUAUUCAACGGAUGAGGGCGAAACAUGGCAGACGUACGAAUUCAACGAAAAGAUGUUGCGUGUUUACGGUCUCAUGACGGAACCUGGAGAAAAUACCACGGUAUUCACUAUGUUCGGAUCGGACAGCGGACAACAUCAGUGGCUUAUUAUCAAGAUUGAUCUACGAAAUGUAUUUGAAAGAGAAUGUACGGAAGACGAUUACAAGUUUUGGUCUCCAUCGAGCACCGACCAACCGGUCAUGGCUUGCGUGUUAGGACGUAAGGAAACGUAUCAGAGACGUGCGGCUCGCUCCAAUUGUUAUCAAGGCGUAAACUACGAUCGGCCAGUGAGAUUGGAGACCUGUCAAUGCGAUGCAAAUGAUUAUCAGUGUGCUUACGGUUUUGUACCCAACGGAAAUCCGUAUCACUGCAUCCAUAACAAAACCAUGCCCGAUUAUGACCCAUAUGCUGUGCCGAUUUCGUGUCAACCUGGUAUGUUUUAUAAUCGCACGAAGGGCUACGUCAAAAUAUCCGAUGAUGAUUGUACCGGCGGCCUUGCAAGAAACUAUGAGCCCGAUGAAAUCCCAUGCCCGAUGGGCGAAGGAGCAGACUUCUUAUUGGUCGCUCAACGAGAACACAUUACACGAAUCGAUUUGGCGGAAAACAAAUCGGAAGCGUUACCUGUGCACGAUUUAAAGAAUGUUAUUGCAAUCGAAUUCGAUAUGAAAACUAAUUGUUUAUAUUGGGCGGAUAUCGUAAACGAUACAAUCGGCAGACAGUGUCUGAAUGGUACUAGUUAUCCUGAGAUUCUUGUUGAGACCGAUUUGAGUUCCAUUGAGGGAAUGGCUUUUGACUGGGUGUCCAAGGUGUUAUAUUUUGUAGACGGUGUUAAGAUGAGAAUACAAAUUAUCCGAACAGAUGUAUCUGCUAUGGGCAGAAUGCGUAGGACAAUAUUGGGGCCAAACAAUCUGCAAAAGCCACGAGGUAUCGCAGUUCACCCCAUACGCGGCUAUAUGUUUUGGACCGAUUGGGCACCAAACAAUGCCUCAGUAUCUCGAGCUAACCUGGAUGGUACAGAUGUUAAACGACUAUUUGUUAAGCCUACUGUCGACUGGCCGAAUGGAAUAACGAUUGAUUACAUAGCCGAACGUUUCUAUUGGGUGGAUGCUCGAUUAGAUUACAUAGCUUCCUCGGAUCUUGAUGGUAAAAAAUUUAAGAAGAUUAUUGCUCAGGAAACGCGUGUAAUGCAUCCUUUCGCGGUCGCUGUGUUUAAGGACAAUUUGUACUGGGAUGACUGGAAGCAGUCAAUGAUAUUUGUUGCCGAUAAAGAUCAUGGGGUCGGAAUUAACACAGUACUCGGCUUUCAGAUUGCGGGUUUAAUGGAUUUGAAGAUCUUCGCGCACAGCGUGCAAGUUGGCUCGAAUAAGUGCGCGAAAAACAACACAUGCUCACACAUUUGUUUGGGCACGCCUGAUGAUAGCUACGUCUGUCUCUGCCCGGAUGGCAUGGUGAUGACGGAUGGUAUAUGUUUGUGCCCGGGAGGUAACGAGCCAUACUCCAACUCAACGUGCCCGCGUGUCGCUAGCACCUGCUCGUCCAACCAAUUUGCUUGCAACAACAAUGUAUGCAUCCCCGAGUUCUGGAAGUGUGACGGUGAUAACGACUGUGGCGACAAUUCAGACGAGAUUCAAUGCAACCGCGCCACGUGUAGCCCCAAUAAUUUUGAAUGCGAUGAUAACAAAUGCAUUCCUAAAUAUUGGGUAUGCGACCUGGAUCGUGACUGCAAAGACGGCAAGGACGAAAUGAAUUGUACGUACAGCAAUUGCACCGAAACGCAAUUCAAAUGUGACAACGGCCGCUGUAUAUCGCAUCGUUGGCGUUGUGACGGUGAGGAUGACUGCCGGGACAGCUCGGACGAACAGAACUGUACCAAGAACGUUCUACCGAAUACAUGCCGAUCCGAUGAGAUCGUCUGCAAAUCAGAUCACUCGUGUAUACCGACAUCCUGGAAAUGUGAUGGCGAACCAGACUGCGAGGACGGUGCUGAUGAGAAGGAUUGCAAUAAUAUGGUAUGCGAGUCAUGGCAGUUUACGUGCAACAACACCAAAGAAAAUGGACAUCGAUGCAUAUAUAAAUCAUGGGCGUGCGAUGGUGACAAAGACUGCAUCGAUGGUUCGGACGAGGUAAAUUGUACCUCUACUAUUCUACCAACGUCGAUAAUCCCGGUGUUACCGACAAAUUCUUGCAAUGACUGGAUGUUUAUGUGCAAUAACAAGAAAUGCGUGCCCUAUUGGUGGAAAUGCGACAGUGUGGAUGAUUGCGGCGACGAUUCCGACGAGAUAGGCUGUGGCAAUAUGGAUGGUGUGUUGGAACCCACGUCUCCAGUUCACACGACGCAGCAGUCACACAUCUGUCGCGAGCAUCAGUUUCAGUGUUAUAACGGUGAAUGUAUUGAAAACGCGUGGGUGUGCGAUGGUUUGAAUGACUGUUCGUCCGGCGAGGAUGAACAACAAUGUGAACAUAAACGGCCGUCGUGCCGAGAGAACGAUCAAUUUAUGUGCCGUCAAGACGGUUCAUGCGUACCGCUUUCGAGCAUGUGCAACGGUGUCAAGGAAUGUCCGGACGGCAGUGACGAAUUCGGUUGUGAGAAAGAGAUGAAUCCACCUGCUAAGCCAGCCUGCUUUAUAGGUCUUUACUCAUGCGAUGAAGACCGCUGCUUCCCAAUGGCAACUAUGUGCGACGGCAAUCACGAUUGUAUAGAUGGCUUCGAUGAGGAUCAGUGUAAGAAUAGCUCGCGCGUAUAUCAAGUAUUAGUGAUGGGUGUUGAUGAACGUUCUAUCAAUGAUACAAGUCUCUACCUCUUUUGGUGGAUGCCGAUACCAUCGAACGUGACGUUCGAGUUCUUGCCAUCAGUCGCGAAGGCGGCACCAAAUGCUACGUGGAGUAACGCUACCCAUUGGAUCGAAGACACGGAGUAUCAAUUCAACAAUCUCUCGCCGUUUACUAAAUACAAUCUAACAGUCUAUGUGAGAGUGAAGGGCCAGUCCGAAGUAUUCCCACCGGCAAAGUAUUAUACGGCGUUGACUAGCGAAGGCGUGCCAAGUGAGCCGUGGAAUGUGACGGUCACACAGAAGAAUGGCACUCGUGUAGAGGUGGCUUGGAGACCACCCUUACUUUCUAAUGGUCCUAUUUGUGGAUAUGUAGGCUACGUCACGCCACCGAUACCACCAUUAGAAUUUAAACAGCAACAAACCUCCACAACUGUCGACAUGGCAUUCGAGGCGGGCCAGAAUUAUUCCUUCUGGAUCGUGGCACAGAAUAAGCAGCAUCACUCAGCCUCAUCGAAAGUUGUCACACUUACGUUUGAUGGCAUAGCUAAAAUCGACGAUAUUGAGGAUCUUCGUGUAGUGGCCAUAACGAAUCACUCUGUCACUUUAACAUGGAAGAAGAUGCAGGACGUGGAUGGAUAUAGUAUUACUCCCAGAGGACCACCGCACUAUGCAGGUUUGCAAACUGUCUCAACAACAGACAAUCUGAUGAAAGUCGAAAAAUUAGCGCCGGGCAUUAAAUACACCUUUGAAGUCGGCGCGACAAAGAAGCAGUACAUCGGUAAACUCACCUUGGUAACAGCUACGACGAAUGGCACCGCAUUGCCUGCGAUAAAUAACUUCGACGCACAGUUGGUGAAGUCUCAGAGAACAACCGUAAAACUUACUUGGGAUCCCCCGAAGAGCACUAGGAAGAUCAAGUGGAAAUAUGCUGUUCACUAUGGAAUUCACUUCAUGGAGGAAUUCUUUAAAUCACCACCCAAUUUUAUCACCACUAAUCUUACGGCUACGAUUAAGGAUUUAGAAGCGUGUGAAGCAUACGUCUUUGCUGUUGGCGUCUAUGGAGACUACGGAGCAGGACCUUUAAAUCAACCGGUUAUAGUUACGACGCAUUACAAUGCACGUGCACCUCCGAAGAAAUUGCGAGUAGCGCCAUCGACGGAUAAAAAUGACAGUAUAAUCGUUUCGUGGAUGUCAAGUUGUCCAGUAAUGGACGAGAUGGUCAGUUACACGAUUUCCGUUACGGAAAUGAUUCUAAACAAGCAGAUAGUUGUGACACUGCCACCAACUAACGAAACUGUUCUGAAGCAUAUAUUCCAUGCCAUCAAAUUCGGUGGGACGUACAAUGUUACAGUAGCCACAGAUGUCGACAAUGCUAUACCUACGAAACCAUUCAUCUAUAUAGCGCCACCGCUUAAGCCGCCUCAUCAGCUCACCGUCUUACAUGAUAAUAUGGAAUACUUGAUUUACUGGCAAGAACCGGAGAACAUCCGAAAGGAUACUGAUAGGUAUUAUGAAAUUUUGGUGGCCGAAGGAUCGAGAACAAUAAACGAAUCAACCGCCAAAGUCUUGUCAGUCAAAGAUCCGCCGCCUUACCGCUACAAGGAUGCUAAAACGGAUACGAUUUAUACCUUUGCCGCGCGUUUGGUCACAAAUGAAGGAUACCAAAGUCCAUUGAGCGAAACUUGGAGCACGCAGAUUUCAGGAUCGCAGCUCCCAGUAAUAAUGAAUACAUCGGGCAUAUUAUCUCUCGCUAUUCCGAUCUGUUUGAUCGUUAUAGCGCUUGGUGCUGCGCUCGCAUAUUUCAUCGUUCGACAUAGGAGGCUAUCUCACAGCUUUACGCAAUUCGCUAAUAGCCAUUACGAUACGAGACGAGGACAAGCUACCUUUCCUGGUACAACAGAUGGUUUAGAAGAAGAAGAUAGCCCGGUAAUCCGAGGCUUUUCGGAUGACGAACCGCUCGUAAUUGCAUGAAUAUCAUAUGUAUGUGUAAACAAAAUAUUUACGUACUAGGAAAGAUGUGCCAAGACACUAUUAAUGUAAUAAUUUUGAAUAAGUCAAAUUUUAUGACGGAAAGAAAAGCUUUUAUGAAAUUGUUUUAAAACUGAAUACUGAAUUGUAGUCGUACUUAUGUUAUAGUAAUUAACGGCUAUCAAUCGGUAAAUAGGGUUGUUUAGAACGCUUACAUGAGAGCUUUUCGCAUCAUUCAUAUGGUACGUUGUCGUGGUAUACAUGUACAUUACGAGUGAUCGGAGUAACUACCUGCCGUGCAGUAGGAGAGGCCAUUAUAUAUCUCAAAUUUGAUUGUAAGCAAAUCAAGAUAGGUUGAAAGUGUGGUUUACCGUCUAACGAAAGGAUAAACGCCAAUCGAUAAAACGGCAACUUGUAUAUAGUAAAUAUUUUAUAUGGAUUGAUUGUGAGACUUUCGAGAUGACAGGCAUUUGCAUUUUUAAUAAUGUAUUUAUAUGACAUGUACGUAUGAAGAAACUUUUUUUAGUCCGUAUUCAGAUUUGUUGAUGCAAAAGUGAGUUACCCGGGAUGAACUUUUUAUUAAAAGCUGUUUAAAUACCCACACAGAGGCCAUAAGUUUUUUUUCAAUAUAGCAAGUGCAUGACCAAAGUAAUGUUUUCUUUUAAUGUCGUAUCCAAGAAUUAGCGUCAUCUGUUCAUAGAGUAUAUAUAUAGAUUUAUAUGACGUUUCAUUCAGGUUCUCCAGCUUGAAUAAUCAUUUUUUAAGUAACUUUUUAUAAUUGUCCCGAUUAGAAUUUUAUAUCAAACAUGAUGCGACAUUGAAAGAAGUUUUUGUAAGCGAGUCUCUCAAUUUCGCAAAAGGGUGACUUAACCCUUGUAAAAAGUGUGUUGCAAUUGCAAUUUGAAUACUAAGAAUUUUUCAUCUUCAGGUACAAAAAGGAUAUUCGACAAAUGAUAUUUGAUUUAUACUAUGAUUAAAGUAGACAACAUUUUUUUAUUUUACAUUAUCAAAAGAUAACGUAUUCUUUUUCAAGAUCGAACGUUUUUAGUUAAAAUUGGGAAAGGUUUACCGAGACAAGACACCAAUGAGAAAGCCACAGAUCGGUGAUGUUCUCAAUGCAAAUAAAAUGGUAGCGACCGUCGUGACUUUUAGAUUAAUGUAAAUAAUGUUUAAAUAUUUAAGCGUGUGAACUUUUACCACUUAUUCCUUGUUGAUUC